AUGGCGGACGAUAAUAACGGAGUUCUAACCGAAGUAUACGUCGUUCUACUCAUCAUUGCAUUGGGGGCCUUACUGAUCGCAAUAUAUCAUUGUAUCUCGAUGCUAUGGUGGGAUCUGCAUCGUCAUCGGAGACGACGAGGCCCCACCGAGAUACAAUUGGAAGGAAAUGACGUAAGUUUUGAAAACUCUGUAGCCGGGCUCAUCCCAGCGCAUAAGCACAAAAAGGGAAUUGGCUCGGAGGAUGAUGAGCCCAUGUGUGCUGUGUGUCUAAGCGAGUUUGAGGAAGGAGAAGAGCUACGGACUUUGCCCGACUGUAUGCACUCCUUUCAUGUUUCGUGCAUCGAUAUGUGGUUAUACUCGCAUCGUAAUUGUCCCAUUUGCCGAAUGGACGCGGCCACCACCGCUUCUCCUUUAAUGGAGAUUAUAUACAUAGUUGAUCCACAACAUGAUCAGGAGGAAGUGGUAUCAAGACCAAAUAUGCCACAAGAUUUAGCUGUACAAAGUAUGGCUCUUUGA